AAGAGUGACAGACCAGGCCUUAGGAACAGGAAUGGGGUGGCGUGGCAGGGUGUGGUCAGAGGUCCUAGACUUGCCCAGGCCUCUGCCCACCAUCCUGUGGGAUGCGGGCUGUGGUUCUGAGGUCUCCAAGAGCUCCAAGGGAGUGUCUGGGAAGGAGUGGGGUUGCUCUGGGAAGGGGGACGGCUGGUUCUUGGGACUGGUCCUGCUGCAGGUCGGUCUCAACAGGGGAUCCUUGGAGCCACUUGGGUUGUGACAGUGACUGCAGUGGGAGGCCAGGAUUACAAGAAGUCACAUGAUUUCUGCGGUCCUUCCAAUUUGGUCCUGAAUGAAAUGCCUAUUUAAGGUUAGCCAAGCCUAGGGCCUAAGACCAGUUACUUAUGAACACGUAUUUGUAAGAUUUUAACAUACACGCACUUUUUUUUCAGGUUUUUGGAUGUUAUCAUCUUUUUUUAAUUUAAUUUUUAUUUUAUAUUGGACUAUAGUUGAUUUACAAUGUUGUGUUAGUUUCAGGUGUACAGCAAAGUGAUUCAGUUAUACAUAUAUAUAUAUCCAUUCUUUUUCAGAUUCUUUUCCCAUAUAGGUUAUUACAGAGUAUUGAGUAGAGUUCUUUAUGCCAUACAGUAGGUCCUUGUUGAUUAUCUAUUUUGUAUAUAGUAGUGUGUAUUCCACUCACUUUUCAAUGAGAGAAACUAUCCAGCAAAUCUGGAAUGACUGUGUUGUUUUAUUCAGAACUUAACCCAAAGUUGUGAUUUUGAGUUGUCACAUCCUCCUUGAGAUGCUCUCUCGUUUUCUGGUGUGCCUCAUGUGGAAUUACUUCUGAUCUUUUUAGUUCUCUCGAGUCUAAAUUAUGCAUCAGAAGUUUGUGUGAGCAUCUGAUGACUUCAUUAUCAGUAGUAAUGUACUCGUGUUCCACCAUUCAGCUACAGUAUUUGAUCUCAUUUUACCAUAACUUAUUUCCUAGUUGUCCUUCAUGUUAUGGUUCAGGGCAUUGUAUUGUUGGGGUUUUUUUUUACAAUUCUCUAUGGAGGUAGCUUGUAUAGCCUGUGAAUUUCAUUUCAGGAGAGUAAAUAAAAGGUGUUAUAAAAUACUUACUUGCUAUACAAAAGGGACGUUGGGGCUGUUGGGUGAGAACCCUGCCCUCCCAGCUGGCCUCCCUGCAUUCCUCACCCCGGUGGGCCAUCUCCUGUUCCGGGUUCAGGGAGCCCCUGUCUGCCCCGGGCCCGCAAGGAGCCUCGAGGCUGCUGCUCUGGCACAGCGGACGGAGCCCGGGCCCCUCACUCUGCGGAUGAACCCCACAAGAAGAGCUCGUGACCCACUUUCGUGGGGAUCCCAGGGGAUGCUUGGGGUCCAGGCAGUGCUCCGUGCUCCAAAAGCAUCACAUGGAGGCUCUGUUUGGGGUCACAGCCAGCUCAGGGCUGCCUUCUGCCCCUCGGUCAGAGGGGCCAGAGGCCAGGGCCAAGCAUCUUCACCAAAACCUCUGGGAAUCCCCAGGGGUCUCAGGCCAGAGACCAUCCUCAGAACCACCAACUGCCCUCCCAAGCCCAGUGGGGGCCCCGGGCCAGCCCCCCGCACCGCUGCUGUCCUCUUGGCCUGAGCGGGUUCUGGGCUGGAACUGCAGGAAGGACGGUCAGGUGGGGGUUACAGGGGCCCCCUCGUUCAGCAUGAGAGUGGUGAGAGUUGCGACUCUGCUCUCAGAAGGCGUUUCACCCGCUGCUGUCAGGGUGGGUAGACACCCGGAUGUCACAGGUCGGGGGGGCCUGAAGGUCGCCAGGAACGUGGCUGGAAUCUGCUCGGGGGCCCUGUCCUCCCCCAGCCCAGGCAGAGGCUGCCAAGUUUGGGCCUAUCCUCUCCUCCUGUCCUUAUUUGGUGCGCUCCAGGUGAUAAGGCUGAGACAUAAAGGGGGCUGUGGGCCCCUCGCAGCAACUAGGCUGCUGCAGAGGGAGACGAUGGCCAGCAGGAAGGCGGGGACCCGGGGCAAGGCUGCGGCCACCAAGCAGGCCCAGCGAGGCUCUUCCAACGUCUUUUCCAUGUUUGAGCAAGCCCAGAUCCAGGAGUUCAAGGAAGCCUUCAGCUGCAUCGACCAGAAUCGUGACGGCAUCAUCUGCAAGUCGGACCUUCGAGAGACCUACUCCCAGCUGGGGAAGGUGAAUGUUCCAGAAGAGGAGCUAGAUGCCAUGCUGCAGGAAGGGAAGGGGCCCAUCAACUUCACUGUCUUCCUCACACUAUUUGGAGAGAAGCUCAACGGGACAGACCCCGAGGAAGCCAUCCUGAGUGCCUUCCGCCUGUUUGAUCCCAGCGGCAAGGGCGUGGUGAACAGGGACGAGUUCAAGCAGCUUCUCCUGACCCAGGCAGACAAGUUCUCUCUGGCCGAGGUGAAGACUCCGGCUCCUUCAACACCCCUCCAGGGCCCUUCGCAGGGCCCCCACCCCGCAGGGCCCUGGGGAGGUCUCGGUGACCCACUGCCCUCGUGGGCUUAGAGCCCAGCUUUCCGGAGGAGGUGCCGUCUCUCUUGGGAUCUGGAGGGUGAAGGACAUGGAAUCAGAAAGGGAGGAGGGUGCAGGCUGGGCGAGCUGUGUGUGCAGAGGCCCAGGCGUGGGAGUGCGGUGCACCUCAGGAUCUGGAAGAGGUUUCCUACGCUGGGGAGGGGGAGGGGGGGGCGGGCCCGUGGCCAGGGUGGGCCCUGUGACCCACGGCACCCUUCGCUCCUGCCCCAACCUCCGGCUGCAAAGGCUAAGGGGCAGCGUACAGCCCCAGGGGCGGGGCGAAGGGUCGCAGGCCUCCCUCGGGUCACAGGCACCGGCCCCCAGGACGCCCUGGCUGGGCGGCGUCUGACCAGUGCCUCCCCAGGUGGAGCAGAUGUUCGCCCUGACGCCUACGGACCUGGCCGGGAACAUCGACUACAAGUCCCUGUGCUACAUCAUCACCCAUGGG